AGUACGAUUUUGAGUGUCAGACGUGUAAAACGUUCUCUUCGCUAACAGUAUUAAAAAAUAAUGCCAAGACCCUCACGAGAAUCCUACGGCGAUCAAAAGCCCCCCUAUUCGUACAUAUCGCUGACAGCAAUGGCCAUUUGGAGUUCACCGGAAAAAAUGUUACCUUUAAGCGAUAUCUAUAAAUUCAUAACCGACCGAUUUCCGUAUUACCGGAAGAACACACAGCGAUGGCAAAACUCAUUACGCCACAAUUUGAGCUUCAACGAUUGCUUCAUCAAGGUGCCCCGUCGGCCGGAUAGGCCUGGAAAAGGAGCCUAUUGGGCGCUACAUCCGCAAGCCUUCGAUAUGUUUGAGAACGGCAGUUUGUUGCGGCGAAGAAAGCGCUUUAAAUUGCAUAAAAACGAUAAAAACCUACUCAACGAGGAGUUGACCGCACUGGCGAAUCUCAAUCGGUUUAUUUUCACCGCCCGAUCCGGAGCGCAAGUGCCGACGAUGGAUAUAAACAGUACAACGAUGGGCGUAGAUUCACCUGCAAUGCUUGCUCAUCAUACAAAUCGAGUAUCUCCCGGAUUAGCUCCACUUUGCCCCCUAACGCACGGACAUACGCACAGUACGAGCUUACCACAGUCGCGAUACAUUUCGUUAGCCAACACUGAAAAUACGAAUUUGGCAGAGAUGACACUGCUCAAUCUGCGCAACUCGACAAACUUGGAUCUGGAAGGCACCGGCAGCUAUCGACCGAAAAGAUCGUUCACAAUAGAGAGUCUCAUCACGCCCGAUAAGCCGGAGCAAGUGUCCGAGGAUGAACAGGACGACGAUGACGAUCGCACCGAUAUCGAUGUGGUUGAGUGCGGAAACAGUUACACAAAUACCAAUGCCAAUGCCAAUACCAAUACCAACACAAAUUCGAAUGCGAAUACGAGUAGUGUAUCCGUUUACCCGCGAACAUCGUCGACCGAAUGUCUAUCGAUAUCGAUGCCCAUUCGCGCUGAGGAUCAACGCCAACGCCCCCUGCCGCCCUUGCAUACAAUAACGGCAUCUGCGCAUCUACCGUUUCUUCAUUAUGCUGCCGGUGUCAAUGUAUCUGGACUGGGGGCCGGCAGCAUCCAAUCUUCGGGGAUAUCGGCCACCACAUACGAUCUGGCCAUGGCCCAUCCCCUGCUGAUGAUGUCAACGCCAAUUGCAAACAUACACAGUAGUUAUUGCAACAAUUUUCCUAUCAUACCACCGCCGCAAACAUACCGAGGACCGGAAGUGCAAAGUAGAAUAAGCUCUGGUAUGCGAACCAUAUAAAUACAAAUGCUUCUUUCUGGGGUGCGAAGUCAAUGCCCAGCGAUCCUGUCGAUGUACAUAAACGUAGUUCCUU